UUGUAACGCGAAGAUCGUGUGUCUCUCUUUCAGUGUGGCAGAGAAACGGUCGCGAGUUCAAGUUCUCCGGCUAAAAGACAGCUUAACACAUUUGAUUGCGAUUGUUAAUCACGCUUAUACGAUUAAGUACGAAAUUAUUUUGGCUAAUCUAGUACUACACAAGUAAUUGCUGGCAUUGUUAUUGUUUUGACCGGUGCCGGGGCAACAGAAUCGUUACAGCGCGGCUGUGCGUUUUUUGUUUUUGUUUUAUUUUUUGUUUUGUUUGAGAUGUGUCGCAAUUAAAUAAUCUACAUACAAACAUAAUUAUUAUUUAAUUGUAGAAAAAAAAUUAAAAAUAAACAUCAACAGCAACAGCGGCAGCGGCAGCUGCCAAGUAUAGUGAAGUGCGCGAAGUAAAGUAAAGCGCGAUACGCGAAUUAAUGUAAAGUGUGUGUGGAGUGUGUGCGUGCAAUUCAAAAUUGGAGCAAUAGCCGCCACGGCAACGGCAGCGGCAACGUCAACGCCACCAAUUUUCCAGCUUUUUGCAAUAUUUCCGCUCUGCCCAGCACGUACCAAACAUAUUGCCUGUAUGUGUGACAGUGUGUGUGUGUAGCUGUGUCUAUGUGUGUGCUGCCCACCUGCCGCAUAGGCAAAUCGAGCACGUUAAUUAAAUGUCAACAGUUUGGAAAUUGAGAAGCGCGCGGGUCGCGAAAGGACGCGGAGUUGAGAGCGAAAUUGAAACCGAAACCGAAACCGAAACCGAAACUGAGACCGAAGCGGAGGCAGAGACCAAAGCUGAAGAGGAAGCAGCAGAGGAGGCAGCAACAGCGGAGGCAGCAACAGCAGCAGCAGUAAAAGACGACAGCAACGAAUUGAAAUUGUGCAAAAUGUUUGCAUGACUGUCAAAUAAAUCAUAAGAAGCGCAACAACACAAACGAAACAACAACAGCAACUUGCCACAACAGCAACGACUAGCAAGAACGACAACAUGGUUAAUGCAGUGAUGGAUGCCAUUGCGCUGCUCAGCUCGCUGGCCAGCGAUCUGGAUGUAAUGCUAAAUGAUUUGCGCUCAGCGCCCAAUCAUGGUACAACAACAACGGCGGCAACAGCAGCAGCAAUGACAACAGCAACCAUGCAACAACAACAACAGCCACAGCAGCAGCAGCAGUUUCAUCAGCAACAUUCAAGGCAAUUGCAGCUACAGCAUUGGCAAAGCAUUAACAACAACAACAAUAACAAUAACAACUUUAGCUACAACAACAACAAAUACAAUAGCAGCAGCAACAUACAACUGCCACGCCCACAAUACUUAAGUGAUAUCAAAUUGAGGCCUGUCAAAACGGGCACAUUACCAACGGCAGCAGCAACAACAGCAACACAGCAACAUCAGCAACAACAGCAACAGCAACAAUCGAAUGGCUUUCAGCGUCGUCGCUUGGCCACAAAGUCAACGCCGCCGCCGCCGCAGCGUCGCUCCACGCGUCGCAUGCGCAGCGAACAGCAGCAACAGCAGCAGCAGCAGCUGCGCGAGGAGCUCGAAACUGAUGCUGAUGACACGGAUGCUAGCGAAUUGGCCAAUAUGACGUCACCGCUGAGUGCCAGUGCGGCUGCCACGCGCAUCAUUGGGCUAUCGCCGGACGUUAAAAAAUUGCAGAAGCUGCCGCUCUGGUGCCGCAACAACAACAACAACAACAACAACAGCAACAUCAGCAGCAGCAACGGCAACAGCAACAAUAACAAUAACAAUGGUAGCAGCAAUGCAGUCAGCGCUAUAGCAGCGCAGCGUCGUUUAACAGCAGCAACAACAACAACAACAACAACAACAAAACGCCACAUUCAACUGCAUCACAGAACAAGUGAACAGCAGCUGACGUCGGCUGCUGCUGCAGUGGGCGUUGCCGCGCCCCUAACCGAUAAAACAGAGGCUGCUGUGGCUGCGGUCAAGUGCAGCGGCAGCAACAACAACAACAACAUCAACAACAUCAACAACAUCAACAGCGGCAACAGCAACGGCGGCAAUAAUGCGCAACAGUCACAAAAAUCUCAGCUGCAGCAGCAAUCGAGCAACAACAGCAACAAAUUAAAUGGCCAAUCAAAUCUCAGCGCGACCAACAACAACAACAACAACAACAACAGCAGCAGCAAUAACAAUAAUAACAAAAUGACGCCAAACAGCCAAACGGAUGCUAAAAAUGGCGACAGUCGCCGCCGCAGCAGCAGCUUGGAACCGGAUGCAGACGACGCAGGCGACUUAGCCCAUGGCGGAGCCUUCGAUGACGAUAUGCAGGCACUGCUGCCCAAAUGCACGCGACGCUCGAGAGAUGAGCUCAGUCAGUCACGCACAUCUCUCGUCUCUAGCUCGGAGGGCGGCAUUUUGGCCGAAGGCGAGACGUCCAGCGAGGAGAGCUCCCGCGAUUCCAGCGACAAUUCGCCGCCCUGUGACUUGGGCCUGAUGGAGCGAUUGCUGUUAACGCAUCCCAUGUGGUUUCUGCCCGGCAUUCAGCGCUCCGGCGCCGUGCACCUGCUCCAGGGCAAGGAGGAGGGGACGUUCAUUGUGCGUGGUUCCAGUCAGCCGAACACGAUGGCCGUGUCGGUGCGUCUGCCCCAGGACACGGGCCCUUACAUCGAACACUAUCUGAUCCAGUCGCAGGACAACAUACUCAGCCUGGAGAGCUCACGCUUCAAGUUCGGCUCAAUCCCGGCCCUGAUCGCUCACUAUGCUCAGUGCUGUGACGAGCUGCCCGUGCAGCUGAUGCUGCCACGAGUGUUGCGCGAGGCCAACAAUCGCAAGAAGCUCUCCUCACUGGCGCUGCUCGGCCAGGAGUUCUGGAGCUAUGCCAGCAGUCCGGCAGUGCUGGGCCCGCCCGUUGCCGCCAAGACGAAUAUCGCUGCCUCCGAGCAGCAGCAGCAGCAGCAGCAGCAGCAGCAACAGCUGCUGGAUGCCAAGUCGCCGCUGUCGCUCACAGAGACAAGCGGUCUGGGCACAGCCACAUUCUUUAGCGAUGCUCUGGCGGCCAAGCCGCCAGCCGCGGCACCACCACAGUCACUGUUCAGUCCCACGGGCAGCGGCCAGCUGCUGGGCUUCUUUAGCCAGGCGGGCACGCCGUCGGACACCAAUUCGAGCAUGAGUUCGUUCACGACCAGCGGCGGCCAGCAUAUGCAGCUGCUGAGUCCCAAUUCCGUGGACUCCGUCAUAUUGACCAUGUCGCCGGUGGAUGCGCAGGGCUAUCUGCCGGGUGCUGGCGGUGCCUUGGAGCCGCCAAUGCAGCCGCAUGGCUGCAACAAUUUGAGCACAUUCAAGACGACAUCGGCGGCAGUGGCCAGUAUUACGGAGCUGGAACAGGUGCGUCCACAGCGACCGAAGCCGCCAAACACACUGAAUCUCAAGCCGCCGGCACCGCCGAUGCGCUGGGCCAAGCCCCACUCGCCGGAUCAGUUGGGCAACAACUUUACGGUGACCACCACGGUCACAUUUUCCAUGGAGAACAACAACAGCAGUGGCAACAAUGGCAGCCAAGUGGCCAAGCCAAAUCCCGCACAGUUUGUGGAGGUAACAACGCCUGCUUCGAGCAAUCCGUUCAAUGCGCUGCUCAACUCGCAGGCCAGCACCAGCACGUUCCAGACCUUUGCCAAGCGCCUGUCGCCCGAGGGCGAGUGCAAGGAUACGCUCUCAUCGCAGGGCUCCUCUUCGAACGACAGUCGCUGGCAAUCGCAGUCGCAAUCGCAAUCGCAGUCGCAGUCGCAGUCGAGUCGCGACUCCAGCCACAGUCAGCGCAAGAUGCUAUCCCCGAUGACACCCAACGGCGCUGGCCUCCUGCCCUCGGUUGGCAGCACCAGCAGCAGCAGCAGCAAGUCACGCAAAUCGCGCAUUCGCAAGGAGUCCAAGCACUAUCAGGAAUCCGACAUACUGGAGAGUCCGCCAGCGCAGUAUUGCGCCAGCGCCCUGAGCGACAAGAUCAGCGACUACGAGGAUGUCUGGACGCACGAUCCCAGCGAUCGGGCCAGUCUGCUAACUAGCUUCAAGCCGGGUCUGGACAACGGCGGUGUUUCGAACCGACGACCCGAUCUGCUGGCCGAGACACCCAGCACACCCACACAGCAGCUGCUGUCACCCUGCGAAGAGACCAGUGCUGCACACGACAGCAGCCAGCAGCUGUUGCAGUUCUCUGGCGAUGCGCCGGCACGCUCCCGGGCUGGUCUCCUCUUGCUCAAUCUGAGCAAUCCGGCGCCAGCUAUGACACAGUCGCUCACGGAGCAGAGCGCCGCCGACGAUGGCGGCGAUACGACGCCGACUGCUGCACAAACGCCUGGCUCGCGCAGCAAACAGGGCAGUCCACUGUAUGCGGAGCCAGCGGAUGCACUGCGUCAGGCCGGUUUGACCAACGCGGCGGCGGCAAUUUUGCGGCGACAGCAGCGCAGCCAGCUGCUGCCCGCCAAUCAGCGGCAUUCGGAGCCGCUCAAGGGUGGCCAUGCAGCGGCGGCUGUUCCACUGCUGCUCCCCUCCGAUCUGGAGAAGUUGGCCGGCAGCCUGGAUGAGCUGAAGCAGAAGCCGAAGCCCAUGGCUCAGCAGGCAGCGAAGCGCGGACGCAAUCGCAUCGAUCACUGGCAGCUGGACAGCAGCUGGGAGUUUAUGACCAAGCAGGAGACCAACGGCGGUGGCGACUAUGACACAACUGUCGACUGGCAGGAGAAGGAGAAUUCGCUGGGACGUGACAAGGAGGGUUCCAAGAAGCGACCGCUCACCGUGCACCAGAUCAUUGUCAAGCGUCUGCCCGACCUUAAUCUGCCGGAGCUAGUGCGCUGCUCGACUCCGCCCCAGAGUCAGGCGACAACGACGACGACGACAACGACGAGCACAGCUCCGCUGCAGGAGAAGUCAAAUGCCGAUGGCAGCCAAAAGUCAUUCCAGAGCCAAAACGGCUGUCGCCUGUCCUCCUACGACAACGUGGAACGCAACUGUGCCGCCUUCUGUCAGACCUACUACGGCGGCAUCGACUCGGCGCAGUCAGACGAUGGAACCGUGUUCUCCGAGCCCUGGGACUCCUCGCAAUGGGACUCCUUCAUGCCGAUGCAGGAUGAUGCCACCAUCAAUUCGGAUACCAUACAUCUGUCGAAGUGCCGGCCGGCGCUCUCGGAGGACGACACCAUCGUUGAGGAAUACAGCAGCACCAAAGACGGCAGCAACAGCAGCUGCAACCAGGAUACGCUCAAGGCCAACAGAAACGCCACCAGCGCCGGCGCUGGCAGCAACAACAACAAGGCGCUGCGACCCAAGGUAGCGACCAUACUAAGGAAUCCAAGCAUGCGGGAUCGCGAGAUACUAUGCCAUCCUCGCAAUAAGAUGAACAUUCAGAGCGUCGGACCUGGCGACUCGCUGCGCGCGUACACGCUGCAGUUGGCCCAAGAUCCGAGCUCCACGUUUGCCCGCAACAUUGAGAACUUCAUUAGCUGCACCAAGGAGUCAAGGGAGGCGGCGCCACAGGUGGUAAUGCGCAACAUGCGCCAGUUCAUGAGCGGCAUGAAAAACUAUUUGGUUAAGCAUGGCGAGGGCAAGUUUCAUGCGGAGCUGGAGUCGGCGCGUGCCCGCCUCAAGUCCGAUGAGUUUCUCAAUUUGGACGCCAUGCUGGAGACGGUGAUGCAUCAGCUGGUGGUGCUGCCACUGCGCGAACAUCUCUAUGGCAUCUUUGUGGACUACUACAAGCGCAGCGAGGACAUCCAGCUGCUCGCCCAGAAUGUGCGCUACGCCUACGAACGGGAUGCUUCCGAUUUUGGGAUACGUGCCACAGUGACGCCGCCGUCACAGUCGGCGCUGCGUCUCAUUGCCAAUCUGCUGUGGCGCCUCCAAGAGGCCGAAUUGCCGCUGGACAAGCUGGAGCUCUUCCUGUGCGUCAUUUCGACCGUGUUCGAUGCGACAGGCUGCCCACGCGGCCAGCAGCUGGGCGCCGAUGACUUUCUGCCCGUGCUGGUCUAUGUGGUGGCCAAGUGCGGCUUUGUCGGUGCCGAAAUCGAGGCGGAGUUCAUGUGGGGUCUGCUGCAGCCGACGCUGCUCAAUGGAGAGCCCGGCUACUACCUCACCGCCCUCUGCAGCGCCGUGCAAGUGCUCAAGACGUUCAUGGCAUCCGAGGGCGAGAGCGGCAGCGGCUCCCUCGACUGGCGCUCUAGCUGCUUGCCGGCCUGCUCGAGCGUGUUGCGCGUCAUCAUACCGGACGAGUGCAAUGGCUCGCUGCAAACACGAACGCUGCCCGUGCGGCCGCAUACGACGACGCGCGAAGUGUGCCGCAUCAUCGCGCAUAAGGCGCGCAUCACCAAUCCGCAGGACUAUGCGCUGUUCAAGCUGGUCGACGGCGAGGAGACGCUGCUCACCGAUGCCGAAUGCCCGCAGGAUGCGCGCCUGGCUGCCAAGGGCAAGCAUUGCAUGCUCGCCUAUAAGCGCAUCGAUGCCAAGAUCGCUUGGCCCACAGCCGCACAGCCGGGCAGUCAUUGAUGCCACCGGCCAUGGCCCCUUCCCUAUACCCAUACCACCCAUGCCAAUCGCCCUCGUCGCCGCCCCUGUCCCUGUCCGUGCCCAACGGCCCCAUCUUGCUCACUAACAAGCAUAUUUGAUUAAUAAUUUAUUAUUAUUACAUUAAAAUAUACUUAGUAGCCUGUAAGUAAAGCUAAUUAACGCUAAUACAUCUAAUGUGUACUAAACAACAACAGUAUUGAAUUAAGAGCGGUUUUUUUAUCUCAUCUCUCGCCAAUAACUCGAUCAUCAAAACGACAUCAAGAAGAAGAGAAGGAACAACUUGUUCGCACCCAUUUUUUUGCUAAUAAAUAUACGAAUAUAAACAUAUAAACAAAACAAAAACUAUGUAUACAACUAUAUAUACUAUAUAGAUCUAUAUACAUCUAUAUACACAAAUAUAUGCGUAGUUUGUAGUGGGCCGGAGGUAUAGCCAAAGGCCAUUUAUUCUAGAGCUAACCCCAAACACAAGCAGACAGACAGACACACACACACACACGCACACACAAAGAGACACAUCUAUCUAUACGUAUUGCAAUCCUUAUAGGCAAAAACAUAUACUAUCUAUAAACCAUAUAACAAUCUACGACCAAUUGCAGCAACAAAAAAACAAUCACCAUUUUAAUGCAACACACACAUACAUAGCAAGGCAUUUAUAGCUAUCUUUUUUUUACUUGGGAGGGUUAUAAAACAAUUAAUCACAACAUCUAACACAUUUACAAAUAUAUAUAUAUAUUAACGAUUAACUUAAAUAUUUAUGUAC